AUGGCGGAGAAUGAUGUGAGCGACGAGCGUGAACGAAUCAUCGGUAGUGCUAGAAGGAAAAGUCGGGUACGCAGAACAUCUUUUGUGGGUCUGAACAUUCUGAUGUGGCGAUUCUUCAAAGACUGUCGUGACGCCGGGAUCGUAUUGAAUGGAAAGUUGCUGAAGGAGCACGCCAUGAUGAUCUCACGCCAACUAGGGCUGGAAAACUUCAAAGGUUCUGAAGGAUGGCUGGAUGCGUUCAAGCGACGUCACCAAAUUGAUCUGAAGCUUAUGUCUGGUGUACCGGUGAAUUACGAAGAAACCGAUGAGGAUAGAAUGGAGGAUGAUCAUGACGACAGCCACAACGCAUCAAAGCAAUUCAACUUUCCACAGGUUCACAGUGAAGGAACAACAGCAGCUUUAUUGGAUUGUGUUGAGAAAGCGGUCGCUCCGCCAAAGGCAACUGCACCGCCUGUUGCCGUUGUCAGUAUUGCAAACACAAAGCCUCUUGAUUUGAAUAAUCUUUUUGGAAGCACUGAUAGUGCUAACACAGCUUGCCAAAACAGUACGUAUAUGGAUACGAUGCCGACUUCGCGAAUAUCACCUGCCAGAAUGCCUCAGCAAGCCUCUCCUGCACCACCAGCCUCAGAUGAGAAAAGUUAUAUUGCUGCCAUAGUAAAAAGCGCAGCGAUACGAGUAUAUGACAAAGAGCUUUCAUCUGCUCUUGAAACUGUACGGAGCUAUAUUCUCAGCAACGAUCCGUCAGUUAUGCCGAUGUUUUUGGAGCUGCAGAUGAAACUGGCUGUGGUUUCACGAGAGCAAAGCAGGUGGAUGAGGGAAGGAUAUGUAAACGGCGGAGAGCCCCAAUCUACUCAAAAGUUGAAUAUAUGA